AUUUAUAGCCAUAAUUUGUUUUUAUGAUCAGACGACGUCAUUGUCUGUCUAUUACUUAUAUUAUGCAUGAUCUGCAAGUCACAUCCCCAACUGCCAAGGGAACAUAUUUUGUUUCAUGAUAUAAUAUAGUUAGUUGCAUGUAUCCUUUAUGUAACUUUUUUUGCGCGUCAUCAUUCAAUUCGGGUGCGUGAGAGUAGUACGACUGUUCUUGUGUGUGUGUGUGUGAGAGAUGGUGUAUGCAUGUGCUCACUGGCCAAGCUUGUGUGUGUGUGUGUGUGUGUGUGUGUGUGUGUGUGUGUGUGUGUGUGUGUGUGUGUGUGUGUGUGUGUGUGUGUGUGUGUGUGUGUGUGUAUUUUGAGUCAUACGGGUUACACAGUUGUCCUUUUUUUGUGGUGUGGGUGGACAGUGAUAUUGUCCCCCCCAGUGUCACGUGCUUUGGAAUAUGCUGGCUGCCUUUGUUGUCCCUCUGCCUGUUCUGCUUUUCUGGCACUUUCAUACAAUGGUGCACUUGAACACUGUGAUGUUAUUAAGCCUUUCAAACUACUACAGCUUGAAUUCCAGCUCUCAGGAAAGACUACCAUCCCAAUAUAGGAUACAUGGCACAAGAUACAUCGUCGAGGAACAACAGCGUGGAUUGAGUGUAACAUCAGAACAAAGGUGACGACUGACCCUGCAUUGACCUUUGAGUACUAUGAUUCACGUUUGUUUAAGCCUGCAUUUAUAUAGCUCUGCACGGUGUCAUGCUAAUGCUACUUUCACUCGUGAUAUCUGAAUACCUAAAACUUUUGUUGUUGGCAGGGUUUUUGUUUUGUUUUAAUUCUUAACAUUAUAGAUCACUUGUAUGUUUAAAAACAAAAAUAUAAUGUGACGAAUCAUUUUAAUGAUGUUCGACUUAAUAAUAUGAUGGUGUUGCCAUCCUGCUGAGGAAGUAUAAGCGGUUUGUUGCGUUAAAAAGAAAGAUGCUGUUUCAACAUUUGUUGCACAACAUUGCUGGGUUAAAAAAACCGAAUGGUGUAUUUAAUGUUUUAGUUACUACAGUGCUGUCAUAUGUUGAUUUUGUUCUAGAAUUGUUACCUUGUACGUUGCUAGGUAAAUAACCACUUAUCCUGUAAAUGGUCUUGAUAUCUUUUAAGACGUCAAUAAAAAGGGAACCUUAAUAGGACGACCUGAACUAAACAGAUUUUCCAGAUAUUCAAGUGAGUGAGUGCUGUGACCUGCAAUGAUUACACUGUCCUAUCAACAGUGGAACAAAAGUGCGACAAGUUUUUUGGACGUAUGAUCCUCUAGGCAAUGUCCAAGCGAGCAGAUGCCUCCCAGUGUGGCGGGGUUGUGGUUGAGUUUGAGUCUGACGACAUCAGGGAUGCAAGAGCAAAAAAAGCAAGGAGUAUACCAGGUUCAGCUCUUAUCUACCUCAAAGGUCCCAAGUUUCUCAUCUAUGUCAGUGGAGCAUUGUCAAUGUGGGGUGACCGCAUGUGGCACUUUGCUAUCUCUGUGUUCCUGAUUGAGCUGUAUGGCCGAAACCUGCUGUUGACAGCGGUGUUUGGAUUGGUAGUGGCUGGGUCAGUGCUCCUGCUUGGGGCUUUGAUUGGAGACUGGGUUGAUCGCAAUCCCAGGAAUAAAGUUGCACAUGCGUCUCUUUUCAUUCAGAACAUCUCAGUGACAGUAUGUAGCAUUGUGCUCAUGUUGGUGUUCUCGUAUAAGCAAAGGAUUGAACAGAUCUGGGAUGGAUGGCUUACUGUGGUUUGUUAUACGGUGGUGAUCGUCCUGGCAGAUGUGGCCAACCUUGCAAGCACAGCGCUGACCAUUGCCAUUCAGAGGGACUGGAUUGUGGUUAUCACAGGCUACAACCGAGGUCACCUAGCUGGAAUGAAUGCAACCAUGAGGCGGAUAGAUCAGGUGACUAACAUCCUGGCCCCACUAGCAGUGGGACAGGUCAUGACCCUGGCCUCCAAUGUAGUAGGCUGUGGCUUCAUCCUGGGCUGGAACCUUGUCUCUCUCAUUGUGGAGUUCUUCUUCUUGUCACGGGUGUACCGCAUCGUCCCCGCUCUCUCGGUCAAACCACCAGUGCUUGAGGAGGAUCAGGUGUUUCUGCAACAGAUGGAGAUGACACAAGGGGAAAGUAGUGUUGCACAACCUCAAGCUCUGACGGAAGGCAACUGCAACACAAGCCUGCACCUAAAAGAAAUCACAGACCUGCCGCUGUGUUUCCGGAGGUUUCGCUGGUUGGUGAGCACCUGUAAGGACGGUUGGAGGGCCUACUAUCGCCAGCCUGUAUUCCUGGCAGGAAUGGGUCUGGCUUUCCUCUACACAACCGUGCUGGGCUUUGACUGCAUCACCACUGGGUAUGCCUAUACUCAGGGUAUAAGCGGCUCACUCCUUAGUCUACUGAUGGGUGUAUCAGCUCUCACAGGGCUGUUGGGCACUGUGAUGUUCACCAGACUCAGGAAGACAUAUGGCCUGGUUAACACAGGCAUCAUCUCGAGCUGCCUUCACCUGGGCUGCUUGCUGCUGUGUGUGUGCUCCGUGUUUGCCCCUGGCAGCCCUAUGGAUCUCAGCUUGCUGAUGCCCUACAUUAGCACCAACUCCUCGACUGAGCUUGGACGGAUGGCGAGCCAAAGGCAAAAACACACAUUUCCGCUGAGGGGAGGAAGCAAUCAACCGCUGCUUCCCGACCGCUCUUCCAUUCAUUGGACCAACAACACUGUGCUUUUUGACAACGUGCCCUCUGGCACAGCACCAGAAUCCUACAUCUCCAUUAUCCUGUUGUUCUUGGGCGUCAUCACAGCACGUAUCGGUCUCUGGUCUUUUGAUCUGACGGUGACCCAGCUGCUGCAGGAGAACAUCUGCGAGUCAGAGAGGGGCGUGGUAAACGGGGUUCAGAGCUCUAUGAAUUACCUGAUGGACUUGCUUCACUUCAUCAUGGUCAUCUCUGCUCCACAGCCACAGCACUUUGGCAUCCUAGUUAUCAUCUCCGUGUUGUUUAUCACCACUGGACACACCAUGUACUUCGUGUAUGCACACCAAGCCAAGAGAAAGCCCCGCCUCGACACAUAAGGAGCAGACGUGGCCCACACACAUCCACGCAUGAGAUGCAGAAUCCACUCUGCACCUGUGAAAUGAAUGUCUCCCUCCUGUUCCUUCAGCAAUCUUAUUGCAACACUCCACUCCCGUCGUAGCCAUUCAUUUCAACACAACACAGCAAGUGCCUGUCCCACCUCGGUUGCUUUCUCCCUGCAGAGCCAUGUGCCACAGCAGCAAACAAGAACUCAGGUGAAGUAGAGUGGGAGACGCGCGCUCCUCUUUCGUGUACAUACGUUGAGGUGGCUACAAUAAAUGCAGCAAUGGUACCUCCAGGUGAAAUGUCCUUAUCCAGCGUACAACAGGACACAAAGGUAAUUGGUCAGGCUCUGACACAUGCCUUUGCAAACCCUGUAGGAUCACUGCAAGAAGUUCAUCAAACAAGUCUGUUAUAUUACAUAGCUUUUUGGAUGGGAGGGUGGAUAGACGGAUGGAUGGAUGGAUGGAGAGAUUUUUCUCACCUUCACUCAGUUAAUAAACUGGUGUUGUGAGGAAAACUUGGCGGUGAUACAUGAAAAUAUAAACAAGACGAGACAGUACUUUUACAAGUGGCAUCGAUGUUACUGAUCCGUCCACUUGGAAAUAUUCCAGGAUGUCCAAAAAGGAAGAUAAAGGGAACUUUGUGUGAAAUUGUUUGAAAUAAAAAAAUAAAAAAAAUCAGAAAGGCAGCCCCCUUUUAAUGGACAGAAGUGGAAGGACAAAGUAUUUCCUUCCCCUGGUUUGUUUCUCUGUGGAUGAAUCAAGCAAACAUUUGCCUUUCUUUUAUGCAUGUUAUGGACUAAAAGAACAGAAGAUCACAUCACACCAUGUACUUUAGUCAAACUUCAAUAAAACUAUCUUAUUCUAAUUGCUUGUGUACUUAGAUAAAUAAAAAACAGUUUCCAAACUUUCUUUCCUUCCCAUAUAAAGAGUGAUAUUCAUAGUUUUAUAGAAAGCUAAGAGGAAAGCAAUCUUCCUUUUGUGACAUGUUUGAAAUCAGUGAUAGCUAUUUGUUGAUAGCAAAUGUCGAUCCCUGCUAUUGGCAGUAUUGUAUUACAUUUUGCUUCAUUCUUUUGUAGUUCUGAUGAACUAAACUUUACCUUACCUCAACUAAGAACAAGAACACUGUUGGGAAUAUGACUUGGGAAUUACUCUCAGCUAAUCUGUGUUUUCAUAUCUCCUUCAUGUACAGUGGAAACCACAUCAAAGUUUGUCAUACAACCAGCAACACAUCUCAAUAUAUUUGUAUAAUUUUCCUGUGAAAUCUCUGUACUGUAUGUUGUCCUUAUUUUUCAGACUGACUAUUAUGAUA